GACCAUUCUGAGAGAAAAUCGAAAUCAAAAAGUCUUGUAUACAAAUUGAUAAGAAAGGCAGUAGUUCUUCGAAGAUAGUUAUGUAUAUAAUUUCGUUGCAAGCUGUUAUGGCUUAAUGAUGAAUAUUUGAACACUUUGAAAUAAUCUCUUUAUGUUAUUAUUAGAUUUAUUUGCUGAGAUUUAAAUCUGAAUCAUCAUGGCUCUUUAUAACCGUUCCGUAGGAGGUGGCACAGACAUCAAUGACACUUUUGAUAACUCUUCCCUUAGUCAAGAAUUGUUAGAAAAAGCAGAGAGGGAAUUGAUGGAAAAACCUUCAUGGAGAGAUAGAGAUAUACAAGCCCUUAGGGAUAUGAUAGUUGAUGAUCCUGAUUUAGUCUCAAGAUCAGAUGAUGCCUUUUUGUUAAGAUUCUUGCGUGCACGAAAGUUUGACUACAGUCGUUCAUUUACUUUGCUGCAGAAUUACUAUAUGAUGCGUGUCAAACAUGCCAACAUUUUCAAGGACUUCACUCCUACUGCUCUGAAGCAUGUCCACCAAUUGAACCUUCAAGGUUUUCUGCCAUUCAGAGACCCAGAAGGCAGAGCAAUUUUUGUUUUUAGAGGAGGUUUGUGGGAUCCUUCCCUAUGUUCAGCUGAUGACUUGUUUCGUGCCAAUGUGAUCUGUUUAGAAAAGCAAAUUGACGACCCUUUAACUCAGAUAAAUGGAGUUGUAGCUAUACUGGACAUGAAAUCGCUGGGAUUUCAUCAUGUACGACACUUUUCUCCUAGUCACGCUCUCAAGGUGGUGUCGUUAGUGCAAGAUUCCUUCCCUGCUCGAUUCAAGGCUGUGCACAUUGUUAAUGAGCCUGCUUUGUUUGAUCUUGUUUUAACUAUAGUGAAACCUCUCAUAAGUGAGAAGUUGAAGAAGAGAAUUUAUACUCAUGGAAGUAACAUGAAAACUCUGCAUUCUCACAUACCUACUGAUAUCCUUCCUUCUGAAUUUGGUGGUCUUUUGGGUCCCUUCAAUAACAAAGCUUUCAUCGAGAAGCUCGCUGAAGAAGAAGAAACUUUCAUCCAGAGCCAGAUGUACGGAUACAUAUCACAAAUUGCCGAAAAAGGUGUCAAAAAGACUGUCAGCUUGGAAACAUUCUCACCAUACAGACGAGUGUGUAUAAGAUGAAAUGAGCAAAUGGAUGAUCCAGUAUUAAAAAAAAUUGUAUAUAUAGCAUUUUUAUUUUUUUAACAUGGGUCGUAGACUUCCUUGAUAGUAAAAUGUUUAAAGUAUGUACAUAUUGUUAAAUAGGUCUUUUAUAUUAACAUAGUUUAUUUGCUUAUUUGUAACAAAUAAUGAAUUUCAUAGGAUUGCAUUUACUUUAUUAGCAUCAAGCAGUUCAUUUUUUUUUUCCGGACUAUAUUGCAGCCAGUGGUGUAACUAAAUUGUAUAAGGGCCUUGGCAAACAUUUGGGACAGGCCCCCUUAACAAAUUAAACUCAUCACUAUCAUGAAUUGUAAAGAUACUUUAGUUUUUGAGGUGCUUAUUGACUCUUUUAGUUGAUUUUAAGGAUUUUGUGAUUUCAAAGGAGUAAGGAAAUAAUUGAAUAUUUAUUUGCAUUUUUGACUUUUUUGUAAAGUAACUUUAUUUUACAAAUAAUUUAAAAUUAUUUAUCUCAUUUCAGCUGUUACUUCUUUAAAAUUCAGUUUUCAGAUCAAAAAAGAAAAAAAAAUGAUAUGUUCAUAUCUAUGUAAUUAUAACUCCUCGAGUUAGAUUCUUGCCA